AUGCCGAUCCGUUGGACUUCCGAUAACGACCAGGUCCUCCUGCUUACGAUCAUCAACUCCCAUAAUUUCUCUAUCAACUAUGACACCGUCGCCGAGCACUGGCCCAAGGACCGCGGAGAGAUCCCCACCGCCCGCGCGAUCCGUGAACGCAUUGUCAAGCUGAGGAAUACCAGCGGCGUAAGGGGUACCAGAUCCACCGGCAGCGCUGCGUCCACGCCCCGCGCCCCGCGCACCACGGGCACGCCGCAGAGGACGCCGGGCUCGAAGGCGUCGACGGCCAAGAAGCGCAAGCGCACUGACGACUCCGACGACGACGACGAGGAAUUCCCGAGCACCGUCCCCAAGCGCGAGCUCCAGGACCUGCAGAACUCACCCUCUGCCGGCCGCGGCGGCCGCACCACCACGGGCACGCCUCUGCGUCACUCGGCCUUCCAGGGCAACGGCCACACCCUCGGUAGCAGCGAUGGCGACGCCGCGCUCGCCUCCGGUGGCCCCGUCUCCUUGACCAAUGGCGGCGACUCGGGUCGCGGCAUGUUCGCCCGCACGCCCGUCGCCGCUCCGCAGACUCACGCUGACGAUGGCGAUGACGACACCGGCUCAGCUAUCUCCGGGUGCCGCUCGACGCCUCGCCGCGCCGCGUCUGCCGGCGUCGCCCGCGCCAUCAAGGCGGAGGACAGCGACUCCCAGGCUGAGAGCGACAUGUCCGAGUACCAGGAUCAGCUGGAGAUCUAG